UGAUUGAGUUGAUACCUCUAAAAGACCAAACACGGGGGGAGGACAUCUGUGAGGCUGUCUUGAAUUGUUUAAGAGCCAAAGGAAUAAAGACCACCCAUCUGGUGUCAGUAGCUACUGAUGGGGCACCGAAUAUGACGGGAACGCACAAGGGAUUUGUGGCUUUACUGCAGAAGUCGCUGGACAGAAAGCUGCUGACUUUUCACUGCAUCUUGCACCAAGAGGCACUGUGCGCUCAAACAUUUCCUCCGGAAUGCACAGAAGUAAUGGAUGUUGUCAUUCAGAUUGUCAAUAAAAUAAUGGCAAAAAGUUUAAAUCACCGUCAAUUCCGUUUGUUACUGGACGAGCUGGAAAGCGCAUAUUCUGAUCUCCUGCUGCACAACAAAGUCCGGUGGCUGUCCAAAGGGGAGGUGCUGAAACGCUUUGUCGCGUGUCUGGAAGAAGUGAAAACUUUCCUGGGCAGCAAAGGGCUCACCUUUCCUGAGCUGGAACAGCCAGAGUGGCUGGAAAAGCUACACUUCAUGGUAGACAUGACAGCGCACCUGAACACGCUGAACACAGCUCUUCAGGGGAAAGGACGUACAGCCCUACAGAUGUUGGAGGAUGUUUUGGCAUUCGAGCGCAAGUUGACAGUGCUUGCCAGAGAUUUACAGAAAGGCACUUUGUCUCACUUCCCCAAUUUGAGAGAGUUCAAACAAGGUCACGACAUGAUAAUUUCGGAGUAUUUACAUUCUGCAAUCAUCGCAAUGCAAACAUCGUUUGGGAAACGCUUCUGUGAGUUCAGAGAGGAAAAAAACACAUUAUCCUUCCCGGUCACUCCCUUAAGCAUCGAUCCUUCCCUACUGAAUACGACUGCAUUGGCAGGUGUGAGUCAACCUGAUCUUGAGAUGGAACUGGCCGACAUAGCCGACAAAGACAUAUGGGUGUCCAAGUUUAGACGCUUGACAGCAGACCUUGAAGAUGUUGCCCGUCAGAAGGCCGUUCUUGCUCAGAAUCACAAAUGGAGUGAUAUUGAAAACCUUCCAAAACCGGACAAACUUGUGUUCGAAACAUGGAAUGCUAUGCCCGACAUUUAUGUAAACAUGAAAAAGUAUGCGCUUGGAGUCCUGUCGAUCUUUGGAUCCACAUAUGUAUGUGAGCAGGUGUUCUCCAACAUGAACUUUAUUAAAAACAAACAUCGCGCACGCCUCACAGAUGACAGCUUGCGAUCCUGUGUAAAGAUGAAGGUGACGUCAUACAGCCCUGAUGUGCAGACGCUGUGCGCUGAGGUCCAGGACCAGAAAUCCCAUUAACCAAGCUGACAGCUGGCUGAUGAUAUUUUUGGUUUGCUGCUGGCGGAAAAUUUAAGUUCGGCGUUUUUCAUAAAUACAAGAAGGACUCAAAUAGACAUUGAGUAUUUUACUUAAAAGUAACUUUCAACCCAACGUCUUUUUUUCGGAGUUCAAAAUGUUUUUGUUGCAUGCAGAAAUGUAAUUUCGUUUUCUCUGCAGGAGUUCAUCAAUUUCAUAAAUGCAACACAUUAUAGUUUGUUUAUACAUAGCAUAAAGGCAAAAAAAACGUUGUAUGCAGUGUUAUUUCAUUUUAAAUGUCAAACGGGUUUUGCGGCUCCCAGUGUUUUCUUUUCUGUGGGAAACGGGUCCAAGUGGCUCUUUCAGUGGUAAAGGUUGCUGACCCCUGGUUUAAGGGCACAACUGCCGUCUUUGGGGGGUUUUGGGUGGGCUGCGGUUUCGGAUGAGGCGGGGCUGGAGUUGGUGUAUGCGGUUUGGAACUUGUUGAAGGAAAGAGAGUGGGGAAAGAUUGGGAAUUGCUGGGAGGGGGUUGCCCAGGUCUUGUAAUGGCAGACAAGGCGAGAGGAGGGGCUGAGGGAACGAGUGGAGAAGGAGCGGGAUAGGGUUUUGGGAUCAGAGGUAGGCAGCUGGGGAGAAAUGGAUUAUUGUGAAGGGAGAAAUAAUUGGAAUGAGGAGAUAGUGAGGGGGUGGAUGAAUGAAAACUGAGACAAAGGGAAUGACAGUGGAGAGAGUUCUGAAAGUGAGGAAGAUGAACAAGUUCAGAGAGGAGGUGUUGUCAUAAUUAGGUUUAAUGAGAAGGCGCAAGGACACAUGAAGAAAAUUAACCCGUUUGUGCGAACAACGACUCUGGCAAAUAAGAUAGGGGAAAUAGUAUUUGCAAAAGUCCCUAAUGAUGGCAAUCUAUUGAUAAGAUGUGCGAAUGAGGAACAACUUGAGAAAGAACUCAAGCUAAAAGAGAUAGGAAAAUGCAAGGUGGAAUAUACAGGGAGGGUGGGAGCACGAAAUGGUGGUUGUAAAGGAGUGAUUGCGGGUGUACCAAUGAGUAUAAACAUGGAGGAGUUGAAGAGGAAUAUCAAAGGGGGAAAUGUAAUUAAGGUUCUAAGACUGAAAACAAUAAAGAAGGGAAUGAAAAAGAAAAGUGAAUCAGUAUUAAUUGAAUUUGAAGAAGAAAGAGUGCCAAGGAAAGUGUUCCUGGGUUUCAUGAGUUACCCAGUAAGGGUAUAUGUGCCAAAGCCAUUGAAGUGCUAUAAUAGUCAAAGGUUUGGACACAUAGCUAAAAACUGUAAAAGGCAGAGGAGAUGUGCUAGAUGUGGGGGUGAUCAUGAAUAUGGAAAGUGCGGAACAGGGGUGCAACCAAAAUGCUGUAAUUGUGGAGGAGCUCAUAAUGUGGCGUAUAGUGGGUGUGAGGUUAUGAGAUGGGAGAAUAAAAUUCAAGAAAUAAAGUGAAAAGAAAGAUCACUUAUGCAGAAGCUGUAAGAAUGUCAAGAGAACAGAAUAAUGCUCCUAAUGACCAGAGAGCAAUAGGGAUGCAAGAGAUGCAGCAAAAAACAAAUGACAGGAUUUAUGUAGAAAAAAAAAGCUCUAGUAACAUUCAUUGCAGGAGUCAUUAAUAGCACAGCUGAGGUAAAGACAAAAAGUGACAAAAUUCAGCUGGUGGU